AUGCACGACAGACUCAAUUCGGUCUCGAAGCCAGAAUGGAGUGUUGAUAUUGAAGCGGCGCCAACACCAACCUCUCCCCGCACUCGGUCGCCCUCUCCAACACUCAUUGAUCGACGAAUACCUUUUCACCGGCGCUUCCUCGCUCACCUCAAUGCUGACAUAUCUCCUUCCUCUGUGACUUAUCCUUCAAUCUAUCAAUGCUUCUUGACCGGAUUGACGUCUGCCCCAUCAUUCGCAGCAUGUUUCGUAUGGUGUGGGUUUCAAACUGGAAAUGCAGCUCAACUCGGCCUCGCUCUUGCCCGGACUUUCACGCCCGAUCAUCAACGAACAUUUGGGUUUCAGAAGAUGGAUCAACAAGCUCUGGUCAGUUUGUUGAGCUUUUUUGGCGGCGCUUCUUUGGGACAAAUAGGAAAUCGAAUUGGGGGAAAGAAAAGAGCUUGGUUGGUCAGCGCGACUUUCGUUCAAAUGCUUCUGAUGAUGGCAGCUGCAGUAGCAGGGUAUCUUUCAGGUGAAACAGGCUUAGCAGAUGGUCGAGGUGAACCUUCGUGGAUAACACCGACAGGUAUGACAGCUUUGGCUUUUUUGUCUGCCACAAUGGGUUUACAAGGUGCCGUUGGAUUGAGAUUGGGCAGUCCACUAGCUACUACCGUUCCUCUGACAAGUACUUGGAUCGACAUAUUUAACGAUCCCUUCCUUUUCGCAUUCCGAAAUGUCCGCACCCGAGAUAUUCGUUUCGCAGGUGCCAUAUCUCUCAUUUUUGGGGCAUUUAUCUCAAGAGCCAUGUUGGGUCAAUUUGGCUCUUCGGGGACGAUAGGGGUAGUCAUUGGCUUCAGGGCAGUUUUACUGGGAUGGUGGUUCUUCCUGCCAAAUGCGGAACCAGUCCCAGACCAGCCGGAACAGAGGAACAAGCCUUAA